AUCUUUUCCAGUGAAUUUUUCGGAUAUCUUUGAGACAUCAAUAUCUGUAAACUACAGCAUAGACAAAGUAUUAGAGCAGGAGUUGAGACUUUAUCAACUGGCCCAGCCUGAGCUUCUUUUUGUCCGACAAGAACACACGAUGUCGACACCGGCUUCCAAGAAAACAUUGUGCUUAAGAAAUACAGCCGCUAUCGGCCUCAUUGGAUCUAUUCUGUUAUUCUCUCUGUAUUUUAAGGCACCACCUCCUGUUUGCCCCCCUAGAUUUUCUCAAGAGGAAUAUCGUCAGGUCAAGCAUCCACAUGAAAAGCCCAUAGUCCUGAUAUGGUUGUGGCCUUUUGGUGUCACGUUUGAUUUCAAAGCCUGCUCAACCUACUUCAAUAUUGAUAGCUGUGUUCUGACGGAUAAUAGAUCCCUCUACAGUAAAGCAGAGGGAGUUAUUUUCUUCCACAAAGAUAUAAAAUGGCAUUUUCAAAACAUGCCGCAGGACCCCCGUCCAGCUUUUCAGAAGUGGAUUUGGUUCCAUGUGGAAUCGCCGACGAACACACCGACGCCACCGGAUCUGGACAACCUGUUCAACUUAACGCUGAGCUACAGAAGAGAUUCUGACAUCACCGUGAGGAAUGAGCUCACGAUCAGAAAGACAGAACUGAAAGAGAACAUUGUUCUGCUCAAGAAAGACAAACUAGUGUGUUGGAUUGUCAGUAACAAAGACCCUAGAACUGGAACAGCUCUGAGAGAAAGAUAUUAUCGUGAACUAUCCAAACACAUCGAGAUCCACAUGUUUGGUGGAGCCUAUGGAGGGCACAUUUUGAGUUCUGAUGAAUAUUAUUCAACCAUUGCUAACUGUAAGUUUUACCUCUCAUUUGAGAACUCGAUCCACAGAGACUACAUCACAGAGAAGGUUAACGGGCCCCUGGUGGCGGGGACGGUCCCUGUAGUUUUGGGUCCGCCAAGAGAAAACUAUGAGCAGUUCCUUCCUGCCGACGCCUUUAUUCACAUAAAUGAUUUUCCUGAUGCAAAGUCACUGGCAGACUUCAUGCUGGACAUGAAUGACGAGGCGUAUGGACGUUACUUUGAGUGGAAGAAGUUCUUCACAGCCACCCCUCAUCUGCUGUCACUCAAGAAUGAAUUCAUUCAUCCUUUCUGCCUCGCCUGUGACCACAUAUCAAGAGACAAGGAUUUCCAUGUAGUUCAGGACCUUUAUGAGUGGUACUUUAGGGAACAGAAUUGAGAACAUCGUUUGAUAACCUCCUAUAAAUGUUGUUUGUGCAUUGCAAGUAGAUGAUCCGGUAGGACCAUGUGAGGUAGAAACAGCUCUUUCAACCUUCUUAAAAUUAAUUAAUGCUCAUAUGUGGUCAGUGAUUCAAGUCAACAACUUGGAUCUUUGUACUGUUCAACAUAGUUGUUGUCAAAUAAAGAAUAAAUAUAAAAUUAUAGAAAUAUGAAUUUUAAAUGUUUCAACAUUUAAGAAAUACUCAAAUAUAAUGAAAAUAAAUUGUUUAAAGAUUAU